UAUCUUAACCUAAGUAUGUAUUUUUUUUAAUAAUUUUGAAUCUUCAAAAUUUUCUAAAUUUCAUACCAAAAUAAAAGAAAGAAAUGAUAAUAAACUCAAAAAUCAAUAUUUAUAUCGAGCAAUAACCAAAAUGACACAAAACGGAGAAAAAUAUCGAAGAUAUAUAGGAUCAACACGUGAUCGUAAACUUUUCAUAACCAUAAUUAACUUUUAAAUUGCUAAAUCAUGAUAUAAAACCGAGCUGACAUAGUUUCAUUGUAACCAAAUAGUAGGCAUGAGAUUUUUCGGCCUAAACGUUAGGUUUUUAUGCGAUAAAUAAUUUUUUUGACCUAAAAUAUUUUUAAAAAUGGGAUCAGUUCAUUAGUAAACAAAUUAUGUAAUUAACAAAAAAAAUUUUUAACUUUUGUUUAAGGGCCAAAAAUAUUUAUUCGAUCAGUAAUAUAAAUUUUAUUUUCCAUACGAUAUUUCUUAAACAAUUUUCAUAUAAAUUUAUCCUGCGCCGAUCUUAUCCUAGUAUUUCAUUAAAAAGUAAUCGAAAGCUCUUGUUAAAGAUUAUGUUAAGUUCCUUUAGUAACGGAGAAGCUUUUUAAUUCUAUAUAGAGGUCGUGAGCUUUCUUUCCCAAAUCAAACUGAAUCCAAAGAAGUAAAACAUAGAAACAAAACACCUUUCAUCUCUUUCAUAUUCAACUGGCAAUGGCUCAAAAGGAUAGGAAUACAAGGAUGGCUCAAAGGGCUUUUGAAAUGGUCGAUAAGGUGUACGGUAGGUCCCCGAAAAUAAGCCCUCCAGUACUGUAUGUUCCUAGAGACGAGUCUGCUGCCCAUUUUAACCAAAAUUCUUACGAAUAUGGUGGUCCACAAGUUUAUACCGUAAAAGAGGGAACUAAUACGACAAGUUGCCGCCGAGUCAUUUAUCAGUAUUCAAAGGAGUCAACCACAAAGGAACCGGUUGUUUCUCUCCCCACGGAACAUAUUCAAUACUUCGGUGGUGUCCGUCCUCAUAUAGGCCAUGCAAACAGGUUUGAGACUCCUAAAGGACGGGCUAUUAGCUGCGACGAGGCCGUCCAACUCUAUGGAGGGGUUCUUCUAAAGGAAUAUUAUCGUAAAUAAGCCGGGGAAAACUAAAAUAAUGUUGAAGAUGGAGGAUGAGUUUGUAUAAAAGUGUUUAUAUAUAGUUGUUAAAUUACGGAAAAGUGCAGACCAACACAUAUGCGAAAGCUUGUUGUAAUAUAAUGGUUUUCACUUAGAAUAAGCUUUAGACCACUACCAAGUGUUUGUGUCUGUUAAGUAUCUACAAGUACUUCAGGUUGAAGCUUUAUGUGACAUACAAUCCUAGGGUGAUACUUCUGAUGAUGAUACAUAAUAUGUUUUCUUAAUGCAUUUAUAUAUGCUCGUAA